AACGAAUAAUCCAUCUCGCCUCGUCCUGGACAAGGAAAGAUACAAUAUAUGCUGUUCUUGUGGAUUGAUGAGGAGGUAUGUGCGGAUCCUCAGGCCUGGUACAGUCAUUUCGAUGAGGCUGCUGGCAGACACUCAGUCGCCGGUCUCCGAUACUAGAAAGUCCGCUGAGCUCCAGCUUCUACGCCUUUAUCCCAACGAGACUUUCCCCCUAUCACUUGCGGCCAUAGCCUCUCACGAUUCCGUUCCUACCAAGUGGCGCUGCGGUGAAUGAGGCCAGCAGCUCAAAAGAAGCUGACUCGAAAGGCAGCAAGGCCAAGAACAGCACCUUGUCUAAGACUACCCCCCCAGU